AACAUUGAUUUUUCCACUUCCUCAUAAGAAAUCGUUCAGCGUGGUAUGAAUUUCAAGCUUCCUGAAAGUUAUUUAUUAUAUUACAUUUCCAUGGUCUUCUUUUGACUAUGGCGCUUGUACCAUACAAUGUGAAUAAUUUGCCCGCGCUCUCCAAACUACAUAAUUCGUCUGCCGAGUUCCAUUUUGCUGACCACCAUGUCAGACUAACCCAGGACUGGAAUAAACUCGGGGUAGCUGCUGUCGUCUGGGAUGCAGCGGUAGUGCUGUGUAUGUACCUGGAGUUGGGGCAGGUCGAGCUGACGGGGAAGGUUGCCAUCGAGCUGGGGGCAGGCACUGGAUUGGUGGGCAUCGUGGCAGCUCUUCUAGGUGCCAAAAAAGUGACCAUCACAGACCGCGAGCCUGCCUUGGGCUUCCUUGCAGCCAAUGUGAAAGAGAACAUUCCCCCGGAUCAGCUAGGAGCAGUGGAGGUCUCAGAACUGACCUGGGGCCAGGGAUUGGAGCGCUAUCCCACAGGAGGCUUUGACAUAGUGCUGGGAGCAGACAUUGUUUACCUGGAAGACACAUUUCCAUCAUUACUGCAAACUAUGGAGUACCUCAGCUCAGAGAGUAGUGUAGUGCUACUGGCCUGUAAGAUUCGCUACGAGCGAGACACUAACUUCCUGAGCAUGAUGAAGCAGAGCUUCACAGUACAGGAGGUGCACUAUGACAAGGAAAGAGACAUUCACAUCUACAAGGCUGUGAAGCUUCCAGCAAGGAGAGAUCUGUAGGAACCAUUGAAUGAUGGGGGAUGUGAGGGAUUUGAAUCACAGUGGAUGGAUCAAGGUGCUGUCAAUCAUCAACCGUUCAGGGAGCAACUAAUGAAUGGACAGCCAGUGCGAUGGUUGAGGGAGGAUGGUUUUGUUCGAUGCAGGGUUGUGUCCAGUAGGGAGAAAGCAUGGCGCUACUAUGGGUGAUUGUAAUUAAUGUCUUCAUUUCAUUCUUCCUUUUUUUAAUAAAAUGGAUUUGAAAACAAAUCAAGACAUCUGAAAAAUAA